GCGGCCGCCAGGAGGUUGGCAGAAGGCACAGCGAGCCGCGAGGAGACCCCGGAGAUGGCUGUGACAAAAGUGCCUUGGAAGGCCAUCUGGCCCUGUGCUACCAUGGUGCUGCUGAUCUACAUCUACCUUGCUGUGGGCAUCUUCAAACCUUUCUCGAUGGACUACGAGCGACUCAAGGAGGAGGACGAGGACAAGGAGGAGGAGGAAGAGGAGGAGGAGCUUCCCCGCCCCGUCCAACGCCGGGAGGUCGACCGCAGGGAUCCGGCCCUGGUGUUGGCAGCAGUGCUCUACUGGGUGGUGAUGCCCAUCGCUCUGGUCAGCCUGGGUUUUGGAGCAACCUGCGAGGAGGGUCCACCUACUCUGGCUUACAUCGCCUACGGAGUCUUCUUUGCUGUGCAUUUCGUCUGCAUAAUCCGGGCCAUGCUAGGCUCUUUGAGCAAGGACCUCCACAAAAGCACUCCGUGUCUCGUUUUCAUGCUCGGCCUUGCGGCGCUGGAGCACUUCGACAUGGCCUCGGAUGCGCUCUUCAGACAUCAGCUGCCUGCAGUGACGAAAUCACGAGUCUCUGGCUGCAGUCCUGGCACGAUGCCCCCGGCGGAGGGCUCAUGGUUCCAAUACUCUCUAAGCUGGGCUUCUCUGGCGUGGCGCUGUUCAUUACCAAUGCCUACCUUCCUCAGCUGCUCGUGGUUUACACUUUCGUUGCUCCAUUCGUGGCGCUGGUCUUCGUGCUCUUGGUGAUGCUUUGGGCAUCCUUCGGCUGGCUCGUCGGCUUGGCGGCAAUGCUUUGUGUCUACGCAUUGGUGAUCUGCAGCCCCAUAGGGACGUUUCAGAUGAGCCUAUUCCACGAGCAGGUCGACUCUGAGAACCUUCGCCUUGCCUUAUACAGCGGUGCCGAGGUCGUUGAACUCCCAGCAGAUGGACCACAAAACGCUGAGGGAAGAGUCGCAUUCAUCCUCGGCACGAAGCUCCUGCUGGAGAACUUGCUGCAGCUGUGGCUGCAAAGCUCCUACUUGUCCCUCUCCUUCGACCGCAUGGACACCUUUGCUCGCUGGCAAGCGAUGGCCUCCAUCGGCGUGGGACUCCUUGUUGCAGGUGGCAAGGGAUUGCAGAUCUCCGCAGUCGUCGUGCCAAAACUUGCAUGGUGUGCUCGCGCUGUCCGACAAUGUGACAUCCCCGCGAUAAUCAUGGGUGCCGUCCCAGUCUUCAUGAUGUUGGCAGGCUUCGGAGGUUUGGCAUGGGUCGCCGCAAAGGUCGUCUUCAUCUUCCAGUGCGACUCGCACGUUUGGAACCUCUCCACCGGCUGCGUCAGCCCGCAGACGUAA